GUCUCCCUCUCCGCGAUGGCCUCGGCACUGAGCUAUGUCUCCAAGUUCAAGUCCUUCGUGAUCUUGUUCGUCACCCCGAUUCUGCUGCUGCCACUCAUCAUUCUGAUGCCCGCCAAGUUUGUCAGGUGUGCCUACGUCAUCGUCCUCAUGGCCAUUUACUGGUGCACAGAAGUCAUCCCUCUGGCUGUCACCGCCCUCAUGCCUGCUUUGCUUUUCCCGCUCUUCAAGAUUCUGGACUCCAAGCAGGUGUGCGUCCAGUACAUGAAGGACACCAACAUGCUGUUCCUGGGUGGCCUCAUGGUGGCUGUGGCCGUGGAGCACUGGAACCUGCACAAGAGGGUUGCCCUGCGCACGCUGCUCUGGGUGGGAGCCAAGCCUGCACAGCUGAUGCUGGGCUUUAUGGGCGUCACGGCCUUUCUCUCCAUGUGGAUCAGCAACACGGCCACCACGGCCAUGAUGGUGCCCAUUGUGGAGGCCGUGCUGCAGCAGAUGGAGGCCACGAGUGCAGCCACCGAGGCCAACCUUGGGGCCCUGGAGCUGGCAGACAAGGGCAAGGCCGGCGAGCUGCCAGGGAACCAAGCGAAUUUUGAAGGUCCCUCCAUGAGGCAGCGGGAGGUCAACAGGAAGAACGUAUGCAAGGCCAUGACCCUGUGCGUGUGCUACGCGGCCAGCAUCGGAGGCACUGCCACCCUGACCGGGACGGGACCCAAUGUCGUGCUCCUGGGCCAGAUGCAAGAGCUGUUUCCUGACAGCAGAGACGUCGUGAACUUCGCCUCCUGGUUUGGAUUUGCCUUCCCCAACAUGCUUAUCAUGCUGCUGCUCUCCUGGCUGUGGCUCCGGUUUCUCUACAUGAGAUUCAAUAUUAAAGAGUCCUGGGGCUGCGGGCUGGAGAGGAAGAGUGAGGAGAAGGUUGCCCAAGAGGUGCUGUGGGCAGAGUACAGGAAGCUGGGGCCCCUCUCCUUCGCUGAGGUCAACGUCCUGCUCUGCUUCUUCCUGAUGGUCGGUCUGUGGUUCUCCCGGGACCCCGGCUUCAUGCCCGGCUGGCUGUCGAUCGCCUGGGUGGAGGGCGAGACAAAGUACGCCUCCGAUGCCACCGUGGCCAUCUUUGUGGCCAUGCUGCUAUUCAUUAUGCCUUCUCAGAAGCCCAAGUUCAACUUCUGCAGCCAGACUGAGGAAGAAAGGAAAACUCCAUUUUAUCCGCCUCCACUGCUGAAUUGGAAGGUGGCCCAGGAGAAAGUACCCUGGGGCAUCGUGCUGCUCCUGGGGGGCGGCUUUGCUCUGGCUAAAGGAUGCGAGGCCUCGGGGUUGUCAGAAUGGAUGGGGAAGCAGAUGCAGCCCCUGCACACUGUGUCCCCAGCAGCCAUCACCUUGAUCUUAUCCAUACUCAUUGCUGUGCUCACUGAGUGCACAAGCAACGUGGCUACCACCACCCUGUUCCUGCCCAUCUUCGCCUCCAUGUCUCGUUCCAUUGGCCUCAAUCCGCUGUACGUCAUGAUCCCCUGUACCCUGACUUCAUCCUUUGCCUUCAUGUUGCCUGUGGCCACCCCACCUAACGCCAUCGUGUUUUCCUAUGGACACCUCAAGGUUUCUGACAUGAUGAAAACAGGACUGAUCAUGAACAUCAUUGGGAUCACCUGUGUAUUACUGGCCAUCAACACCUGGGGACGGGUCAUAUUUGACUUGGACAGUUUCCCUGACUGGGCUAAUGUGACCGCACAUUGAGACUUAAGAAGAGCCGCACGACCACACCCACGGCCCCUGCCCUCCUGAGCACUCCCGAACCUUCCAGUACAACUUGUAGCAGAGCUUUGGGGUUCAUACCCCAAGGUGACCCCAUGAUGCC